UGAUGGAUAUUUGCUUGCGCAGCAUAAAUUUGUGCGAACGGGUAGGAAAAUAAAAACACAGGAAUCGAGUAUGUAGCAGGAGCUGCAAUCAAUUUGCUUCUGCUCGCCGCGCUUUCGACAUCUUCGCGAAAACUAUCGGUGUGACUUUAAUUCGCGAAACGUGUGGUCAUUGAUUUUUUUUCUUAGUAUUCGGUGAACAGACAAGUGAAAACUUGGUCACAACAGUUUCAGUGAAGGUGUUUUUCGGUACUCGUUUGGGACGAUGGCUGAUAUUUAUGCGAAAGAAAUAAGUGUAAUAUUGCUUUGUACUUGUAAAAUGUUGAUGUGUUGAUGUCUUUUCCUCGGCUAUUUGUGGUGAAUGUAACUAAUUGGAAGAAUAUAAAAAUGGCACAUAGAAAGUGAAUAUACAAAAGAGUUUAUACAAGUUUCAGAUAUUGUCCAAAUGCUUUGAUUUUCGCUUGAGUCUGCAGGUCGGGAAAUCAUACUCUAGUCAGUAAUCAGGCGUAUUCUAUACAUGUAUACGCUGGAGUACAAGACCUGCAGUUAAUGUGUGUAAGCAAAGUAGUUACAGCUGAUAUGAAUCUCUAAAGUAUCUAUAUGUUGUAAACAAUAGCACAGGAAGAAGACCAAUAAACCUAGAAAUCUUAAAAUUCAGACGGUGUCUGUGCGGUGCCACACUGUGUGGCAGGGUUUCUGUGUUCAGUUUUUUUAGUUUUCCGCUAAUGUGUGCGCUUGUGAAUGGAGAAAGUGGUUGAAUGAAAAAAAAGAAGGAAAUAAUGUCACGCCGCAUGAAUCUAAUCGGGGUAUGUGCCGUCAGUGGUUUGUGCAUUUUACUUCUAUUUGCAAGCCACCGGUUUACGUCGAACAGCUAUGCGACAGAGUAUUUCAAACCACGAGAACGGAACGCCAAUCUGCGGCUGUUAAAUGCUCAUAAAUUCUAUGGAUCAAAACCCUACAACGCAGGCUCUUCGUAUGACACGAAUCCGAUCAUCCCGACGCCGCAUAAUUCCACCAUCACGAUCGAUGAUAUACUCAACUAUCAACGAUCGCGCAUCGCGGAUGAAAUGGCCGAAUUCGAAUAUCCCAACGGACUGUAUAACAACGAGGCCACCAAAUUGGCUGAUUUAACCCCAGAAACCGACGGACAACCGGUGCGAAGCAUUAUUGUCACUACCUGGCGUUCCGGCUCCACUUUUCUGGGGGACAUUCUGAAUGCGAUGCCUGGCAACUACUACCAUUACGAGCCGCUGCUGGACUUCGACAUCGUUCAGAUCCGCGGCCCGCCAAACGACCGGAUCGCGGUGCACAAUCUGAAGCAUCUGCUCAAGUGCGAUUAUACCGAAAUGGAGAGCUAUCUUGAGUUUGGUAAAACUCACAAUUACCUCUUCAGUCACAACACCCGCCUGUGGCGACACUGCCGGCUCUUUCCGCAGUUCUGCUACGAGCCGAAGUUCCUAGGACCGUUCUGCAAGCUGUUCCCACUGCAAAGUAUGAAAGUGGUGCGCCUCAGGGCAUCGCUGGUUACGCCACUGCUGGAGGACAAAAGCUUGAACGUUCGCGUCAUCCUGCUGAUCCGGGAUCCACGGGGGUCACUGCAGUCCCGCAAGCAUCGAGUGUGGUGCCCUGGCCGCCCCGACUGUGACCAUCCACCAACGGUCUGUAACGAUAUGCAGCUGGACUACGAAGCGGCCGUCGAGCUGACGAAAAUGUAUCCGACGAGGUUCCGUGCAAUUCGCUACGAAGACCUCUCGUUGAACUCGUACGAAAUGACCAAAGAGAUUUUAAAAUUCUACGGUCUUCCGUUCGAUCCAUCAGUUGAAGCGUUCCUGGAUACGCACACGAAACAGGACAUCGGAGGAGUCAGCUCCACCUUCAGAGACUCCAAGUUAGCGCCUCUCCAUUGGACGAAGGAUCUCACGUUUGAAGAGGUUAAAAUAAUUCAGGACAGCUGUGUAGCCGCUAUGAAGUCCUGGGGAUACAAAAAUGCGACAAGCGAAGCAGAUCUACUCAAUUUCGACCCGUUGUUGCCGUACAGUGUGUCGUGAGAUGCGGCCGAAGCGCAACAGGAAAGCAGUUGAUCAGAACCGGCGAUCGAUCAAAAUGUGGUUGAAACAUGAAGGUUUGUACGUCAGAUUCGCACCUGGCCGGUUUCACAACUCGAUCAUUCGGUUCCAGCGUAAUCUACGGGCGACUGACUUACUGAAUUGUCUUAAUAGGAUCAAGUACUUGUUCGUUUUGAACGGGCGCGUAAAAGUGCUACAGAAAGCAAAUUUAGUUUUUAGAGAACACAAGCAUCUGUGAUGAACUAGGUAAAAUUGAAAUUGAUAUAUUCAACGGUUAUUGAUUAUGCAUAACAAUUAUUUAAAAAAAUAGGGGAAUAUAUGGCAGGAUCGUCGUCUACAAAAGCAAAAAACUUCCUUAAUUUAUGAUAGCAAAUUUUGUACAAAAAUGUGAUUAUAAAGUGUUGCAUACGUUGUGAUAACUUUUUUCCGUUUUCCCAUAUUUUAUUAUCCCCUUUCAAAAUGAUCUAAAGUCUUCCGCAAGAUACUUUUUCAACCUCGGUAACAGAUUUGAUUUCUUCUGUUUUCACGUUAAUGUUAUAUAGGGCGAUCUAGUUCCAUAUUUCCCACUUAGUAGACUAUGGCACACAAGAAUGCAAUCGCUACAGGAAAAGCCGGUUCUAAUUGGCAGAGGAAACUACUCUAUGACAAAUAUUAUAAUCAUUUGCACUAAAGUUGGGCGAAGCUUUAAUUCCUGCUCUGGCUAGUUCUGAAGUAACAAUAAAAAAUAGCACUCCAAAAGAACGUGCUAAAAUACAGGUCAUUCACAAAUGUUUUCGUUAUUGAUAUUAUUAACUUAAAUAAGACUUCUCUAUCAUGCAAUAAUUUAGAACAUUUUAAACUCGCGAGUUGUACUUUCAAUGAUACAAUGAUGAUUCUCUUUAUUUACGUUUUAUAACAAUACUCCCAUUUAUUCUAUAUACUUACUGAUUCGUUCGUUCAUAUGCGUUUUAUCUUGUAUUCGUUUAAGGAUGCCUAACGAUGUUCUCCUACAAUAAACAUUUCGAACAUAGAAACUUAUCCGGUCCUGAAAUAAUUGAGCCAAUAUGAAAUACAGUAAAAAUGAAACAAUCUGCAUACGAGUAAAGCAAACAGCAAACAAACACGCCAUCAGCGUAUGUUUCAAUGCGUUUAAAUUUAAAACUACGAAAAAGUAGAAAGAGAUGACAAUUUUUUCAAAUAUUUUGAAUUUUACAUUGAAUCUACGGCAUAAAACAUUGUUUUGGUUCUACAUUCGAACAAUUCGGAGGUAACACCACAUUACACGAAAGAAUCACUUAAUGUAAAAAAGCCCCACGGCAGGUUUCAAUUUUAAUCUGUAACGGUGUUUCUUAAAAUUUUCCCGUUUGUUCACCUUGCCCUUGCCUUGCCGAGUUAAUACCAGUCGCCAAUCACUAGUUACAUUUCAAAUCUGCAGAUGUAAGGACCUCGAGAGAAAGUAGAAAAUAUCUAAUCUACAGAAUCAAACCUACAUUAUUUUGUAAUGGGCGUAGUCAAACUUAUUUAAUUUUGCAUAAUUCAAAAGCAAAGAUUUGAGCGUUAGCUCAUACGCAAGCAACCAAGCCUUUUCAAAAAAGAAUGUUCAAUUUUGUAAGAAAUUUACUACAAUGUUUAAUGUAUUCAUCAACUUUUCCUAAUUACAUAUCCCUUCUUUUCGUAGAACGCACUAUUCGCAACACCCUCGUAGAGGAUAACUCUAUAAUCUGUAAGCUGAAGUAGAACAAUACAACAUAUCCUUAUUAGACCUGUAGGAUUACUAGACCACUGUUCGUAUAAAUUUUAAAUGAACAAUAGGCACGACUAUUACCACUAGUGGUCAAAAUGACCCAGUAUGCACAAGAAAAAGAACUUGAAUACGCAAAUUUUUGGUUCGUUGGAUCCACUUACAAAUUAUAGCCUGUAAUCGUUAUUUUAAUUCUCGCAAGAACACGGAAUAUAGGCAAGAGGAUAGAUAGAUAGACCACCACCCUGUAAUCGUAAACUUGUAAACUCCGUUUGAAGAGACAAGUAAUUAGAGUGCCUUGUGAUCUGAUGCAUAACGACAAAUUAAAAGCGAGCCAAAAACAGGUUUAGCCACAAAACAAUUCUUGGUGAAAAAUGAACGAUACUUUUAGGAUCAAUUGAACACAGAACAAUCGUAGCAGCAUGCCACCAUAGAAAACAUUAUCUUUUUUCGACCGAAUACCUUUCUUAAAAACGCAAUUAAAUUAUCAGCAGCCCAAAAGCUGAUGCCACUAUUUACACACUACUUUGAUACUAGGUAAACUUUCGCCAAAUUUUGAAGCGCGAAUAAUUGUCCUAAUAUGGAAAGCAGAUUGAUACCUAAAAUACGAGAGUCUCUAGCAUUCAUAUCUACAUUAAUUGAAUUGCCGACUAUUCACUACUCUACUGCUACUAUCAAAUACUACAGUUCUCAAACACUGAAGUUCUCAAUUAAUGGCCCUAAAUUGCAUACAGUAGACAGGCACAACUAGGCCAUACGAGUCGUAUACUAUAUUCACACCGUAUGUAGAGUGUGGAAGACGAUAGCAUAAAAUUCUUAGCUAGUAGAAAACAAGUAAUCAACAAUAAUUUAUUGAAACCGCAGAUCGAAACGAAAAUAAAAACCAAUAGCCUAUGCUCAACAAUUGGGUUAAACUCGAAUAUAAAA